AUGGUCAUCAAAGAGUGGAUGCACAGCGAUGCAUUGUCUUCCGUUCUAAUGAAACCUAUUCUGUCACUCGCUCAUGUCCGGGAGGCUCAAGCGAUCCAGAAGCUCACUGAUGGAAGGUUGUCCUCUGUAUACUCUGCAAACCAGACGAUCCACCUCCCUCCAUUGCUACUCGCACUGUUGAAGCCACUACUUGAUUUUUCGAAUCCAGAUCUACUUCUCGCUAUCGCAUUGCUAGUAGUGGACCUGUUGAUUUCAUACAUGAUGGAAACAGUUGGACAAAAAUUUCUUUUAUCAAAAAGAACUCAAGCUAUGAUAGAGGAGGAGCAAGAGCAAGCCAAACUUCCAGAUGUCAUCAAGCCUCAAAACGAUCACAUAUUCCCCAUCAACCUUGAGUCAAAGCCUAUUAUUCCAAUCGAAUCCCUACCCCUCCUGGCUGCAAUGGCAUAUUUUUUCAGUCCUGUGUGCACAAUAUCUGCUAAUGUGUACGGCUGCUUUCAAAACAUUCCUGCCUUCUUGCUCAUGGCAGCUCUACACGAAUUCCUCAAGGAGGGCGGAUCCGACAUGCAACUUGCCCUCUUUCUCGCCCUGGCGUCCUACAUUCAUCCACACUACUGUGUCUUUUUGGUCCCAUUCAUUCUCUUGCAAUUUGAGAAACAAUUUGAAUCAAAUACAUACAAGAAAGCGCUCCUUGUGCUCUACUUUCUGUUGUGGUCGACAACUUUACAAUGGCUGUCCUUUCGUUUGGUCGGACAAGAAGUGUACUGGAGUGUGCUUGAGGCAUCAUAUGGGUGUGGUUGGAACACAAUUGGCCCCAGCCUGUCUGUUCAAUGGUAUCUCUACAUCCAACUAUUCUCAAGGUUUCGAGAUUACUUCAGCACUAUUCUGCUCGGCUUACCCUGGCUCCUUGUUGCACCUUUGACAGUACGGCUUCACAAGUAUCCAAUGGUUAUGGUGGCCAUAUUGUCAACUGUAUGGACGGUUUUUGCCCCCGUGCAAACCCUUUUUGAUAUGAACUUCAGCAUGGUUUUCUUUCUGCUCUCUCCAAAAUCACUGGCACGAAUGGGAAAAGCGUCUUUAAUCGCCAUCUGGUCCAUAAUGGUUCCAGUGAUUUUGAACGUGGUUGAUCAGUGGAUGUGGUUUGAAGCAAAUACGGGGAAUGCCAACUAUGUCUUUUUCCAAAGCCUGGGGUACAAUGUUUUCGUCUGCAUUAUCCUAGCUGAAUUCUGCAGUGCCAGCUUGCAACGGGACAAGGCGUUGCGAUUGGCUGCCAAAGAACGAGCGACAAAGACUCUCGAUGAAAAGGUACAGAUGGAAAAAGUGCAAUCCUAA